GCGGCAUGGGGCGGAGCGGCGGCGGCCGGGAGAAGGGGGGGGGGAAAAUGGCGGCGGCGCGGGGGCUGCUGGCGGCGGGGCUGUUCAGCGGGCGGGUGGCCAUUGUCACCGGCGGCGGCACCGGCAUCGGCAAGGCUAUCGCCGCCGACCUGCUGUCCUUAGGUUGCAGUGUUGUUAUUGCCUCUCGUAAAUUUGACCGAUUAAAAGCCACUGCAGAGGAACUGAAUAAUGCAUUUUCUUCUGUGAGUCCUGCCAAAGUGACUCCCUUGCAGUGCAAUAUCCGCAAAGAAGAGGAGGUAGAAGCUCUGGUGAAGUCUACACUGAGUCUGCAUGGGAAGAUUGACUUCCUGGUGAAUAACGGAGGGGGACAGUUCGUGAGUCCUUCUGAAGCCAUCAGUGCAAAAGGCUGGAAUGCUGUCAUAGAAACAAAUCUGACAGGGACUUUCUAUUGCUGCAAAGCAGUGUACAAUGCCUGGAUGCAGAAGCACGGAGGAGUCAUUGUCAACAUUACUGCUGCUGUGACAAUUGGGUUUCCUGGAAUGUCGCACUCAGGAGCUGCAAGAGCUGCAGUGAAUAACCUAACCAAGACGUUAGCUUUAGAAUGGGCCCACAGCGGAGUAAGAAUCAACAGUGUGGCUCCUGGAAUAGUAUUUUCAGAAACUGCUGUUGCCAACUAUGGAGAACAAGGUGCAGUGAUGUGGUUAAGGAGCAUACCAAAGGUUCCUGCCAAGAGAUCAGCUGUUCCUGAGGAGAUCUCUCCUGUAGUGUGUUUUCUGCUGUCUCCAGCUGCUUCUUACAUUACUGGGAUAACUGUGGUUGUAGAUGGUGGCCAAAGUUUAUAUCGCAAUACCAUAGAAAUACCAGAUCAUGACAGAUGGCCGUCCCCACCAGAAGGAAGAAAUUCUGAAAUGCUUAAGAAGCUUCUUUCUGGCGAGUUCAAGCCAAAGCUGUAGUAAAAUGAGAUUUCACCUUAUUCCCAGUUGCACAGUUCCUGGUAUUCCUGCUUUGUGACUUGGUCUUACAACUGUCAGUAAAAUGAAGUUUUUGCACCUAUGUAACUACAUUGAGUGCCUUGACUUCUGUUGGCUUGUGUUUAAAACUUGAGAAACUAUACGUAGUACAUCUCUGACAAUACUCACUGCCUCCUGGGAAGGGAAGAUGUAAAAGACAAAUUCUUCAUUUGCACUGGCAUUAAGUUAUGAAGGAUCUCAGAAGUGAUUAAAAAAAUAUUGAGUUUCAAGUGAAGUGGUAGAGAGGGAAUGUUGUAGAAUCAUUCUACUCUAAAUAUGGGGAGGAGAAGAUUUAAAUCUUUGUUAUUGCUACCUGAAUCACUAACCCUUGAGGUAGUUGUUAGCUGUUUACUCCUUCUGUUCAACCACACACUGAGUGUUCAACAAUGAUUUUAAAGAUUGAUUAGAGUAGGUAUUUCUCUGAGGUGGGGGAAAUUAAAAUAAAACGGUGAUUGGUUAAACAGCAGAAUGCUGUUUUUACAGCUUCAGACUAAUAAGGCAUUUCAGGAAUGUUUCCAGUUGUUUGCAGAUAUAAUGACAUAAAGAGAUGAGCUGUCUGCCACUUAAGUUUGAUAAUGGAAUAAUCAAGUAAUAAACUUUAAAAUACAGUGAUGGAAAACAAUAUUGAUUCAAUAAUUUAACAGCAAAGUCUUGAAGCACAA